AUGAGAACUGCGGCACAAAUUCCAAAACUCCCGGCGAUCCCUAUACCAACGUUUACAGGGGAAAUCUGGGAAUUUGCGAAUUUCUGGACAUUGUUAGAAGCCAAUGUACAUCAACAACCUUUGACGAGGCUUCAGAAAUUCAACUAUCUUGUCAACGCUCUGAGAGGAGAAGCUCGAGAGCUUAUACGCCGUUAUCCAAUCACUGAGUCAAAUUAUGAUCACGCAGUUGACCUCUUACACUCUAAAUACGGCAACGAGUCAGCUCUCAUCGGGAAUCUACAAACGCGUCUAGAAACGGCAAAAGCUGAAUCAAAGAGCAUCAAAGCACAGAGACGCCUUCUGGAAACGAUCACUCCACACACACAGCUACAAGAACUAAAGGCCAACCUCGACGGAUCCCACCUCUCACAGAAAAUCCUCGCCAAGUUCUCGACCACUUUACAGCGUAAAGCAUUACAAGGAUACGUUUUACAGAAUAAGAAAGCGAUUGGAAUAUGA